AUGGCUGCUACUAACUCGAAUAUAUCCAGUGAUAGUCCAACCAAGAAAGAGGACGAAUUCAAUGAAUUUUAUUCAGAAGUGAAGGAAAUAGAAAAAAGGGAUUCGGUAUUAACUCCUAAACAACAAAUCGACCGAUUACUUCGACCUGGAUCAUCUUAUUUCAAUUUAAAUCCCUUUGAAGUAUUACAAAUUGAUCCAUCCACCUCUAUAGAUGAAAUCAAGAAAAAAUAUCGACGUAUGUCAAUUCUUGUACAUCCUGAUAAAAACCAGGAUGACGCAGAGCGUGCACAGCAAGCAUUUGAAAUUGUUAACAAAGCAUGGAAAACACUGGAAAAUGAAGAAACUAGAGCAAAAUGUAUGGAUGUUAUAGAAGAAGCGAAAGCUAGGACUGAUCACAUGAUCGUAGAAAAGAAGAAAAAGUUAAAAAAGGAAGGAAAAACAGAAAGUGCGAAUGUACUUGAAGAAGAAACAGAAGAAGGUUACAGACACGCAGUUUGGGUUAUGACCAUGAAACUCUUUGCCGAUAUGGAAAGAAGAAGGAGAGAAUUAGCUACUAGAGAUGCAGAGCAACGUAAAAGGAAACGAGAAGAGGAACUCUCUGCAGAAGCACAAGCUGCGUUAGAACGUGAGUGGCAAAAAAAUUUUGAGGAAUCACGACAAUCAAGAGUUGAUAGUUGGAAAGCUUUCCAAUCUGGUGCUAGUGCCACAAAACAAAAGAAAGCAAAAAAAUUAAAAGCUUUCAGGCCCCCCAAAACGAAAGCUGAAUCACGAUAAUUAAACAAUUGUUCCUGA